CCUGCAGAAAUAGGUAAACUUGUCAAUCUUGUUGAAAUUGAACUUGAUACAAACCAGCUAACAGGUCAUAUUCCUCCGGAAAUAGGGAACAUGAAGUCACUUGUGGAAUUAAGAUUAAACACAAAUUAUCUUUCUGGCCCUAUUCCAAAAGCUUUGGGUGAUUUAACUGACUUCACAAAUUUGUACCUUAAUGAAAACCAACUUUCUGGUGCCAUUCCUGCAGAAAUAGGGAAACUUACCAACCUUGUCGUAGUUAGUCUUGGUACAAACCAGUUAACAGGUCACAUUCCUUCGGAAAUAGGCAACUUGAUUAAUGCCAAAUUUUUCUAUGCUUACGAAAAUGACUUGUCUGGUCCCAUUCCUGCAGAAAUAGGGAAGAUGAAGUCACUUGAGACUUUAAACUUACAGAGAUGCAAUUUUUCUGGUCCCAUUCCUAGUGAGUUGGGGAAUCUGAAUAAACUCAAUGAUCUGGUUUUAUCUGAAAAUAAAUUUACUGGUUCAAUUCCUGCUAUAUUUGGCAAUUUGACAAACUUGCAGACACUGCAUCUCCAUACCAACAAACUUUCAGGUUCCAUUCCAAAAGAACUUGCAUGUUUGGAUAACUUGCGAGUGCUAACAAUGACCCAAAAUCAGCUUUCAGGCCAUUUGCCAGACCAGCUUUGUCAAGGUGGGAAACUUGAGAACUUCACGGUAGCUAGCAACAAACUGACAGGGCCAAUACCAAGAAGCUUGAGCAACUGCUCGAGUUUUAAAUGGGUUCGCUUUAAUAACAACAGUUUCAUUGGAAACUUAUCUGAAGCUUUUGGAAUCUAUCCAGAGCUUCAGUUCAUUGAUUUGAGCGACAAUUUUCAUGGUGAGCUCAGCAGCAACUGGGGGAAAUGCGAAAAUUUGAUUGAUCUGCGUGUAGCCAGAAAUAACAUUAGUGGUAGCAUACCACCAGAGAUUGGAAACGUCCAAGGGCUUCUUGGACUUGAUCUUUCAUCGAAUCAUUUGCUUGGGCAGAUUCCAAAGGAAUUUGGAAGAUUAACUUCUUUGGUAAGGCUUUCUGUGCAAAACAACAAUAUUUCUGGCAAUAUAUCUGAGGAACUUGGGUCACUGACAAAGUUAGAGUCCCUUGAUUUAUCAGACAACAGAUUGAAUGGAUCAAUCCCAACGUGGAUAGGAGAUUUCGUGCGGUUGUUUCAGUUGAAUCUGAGCAACAACAAGUUGGGACAGAAGAUUCCAAAGGAGAUAGGGAGGAUAACUCAUCUUACUGUACUUGAUUUGAGCCAUAAUCUUCUUGAUGGAGAAAUACCUGCUGAGCUAGCCAGUUUGCUGGACUUGUCAAACUUGAAUCUUUCCCACAAUGAUUUAUCUGGGCGCAUUCCUAAAGAACUUGAAAGUUUGACUGGUUUGCUGGAUGUUGUAUUGUCAUACAAUGAUUUGGAAGGUCCAAUCCCUAAUAAUAAAGCUUUUAUGAAUGCUUCGUUAGAAGGUAAUAAAGGUCUUUGCGGCAAUGUAACAGGAUUCCAGCCCUGCAAUAAGCCAUCUUCUGUGGUGAAAAAGCACUCAAUAGCAAAGGGACGUAAACUCAUCCUCAUCACAGUACUUCCUGUUAUGGGAGCACUAGUACUGCUCUGUGUUUUCAUUGGUGUUCUCUUUAUGUGUAAUAAAAGAAGGAGAGUUAAAGACGUUGAAAGAAGGGAUGGUGAUGGUUGGCUUUCGAUAUCCAUGUUAGAUGGAAAGGCAUUGUACAGGGAUAUCUUAAAUGCCACAGAGGAGUUUGAUGCAAAAUUUUGCAUUGGACAAGGAGGACAUGGAAGUGUUUACAAGGUAAACCUUCCAUUAUUAGGAGAUAUAGCUGUGAAGAGACUUCAUUCUUCAUUUCAGAAUACACAUCCCAAAAGCUUCAUAAAUGAAGUAAGGGCAUUGACUAGGAUUAAGCACCGGAACAUUGUGAACCUCUACGGCUAUUGUUCAAAAGCACAACACUCACUCUUGGCUUACGAGUAUGUGGAGAGGGGGAGUUUGUCUAGUAUUCUGAGCAAUGAAGUUGAGUCCAAGAAAUUGGAUUGGCUUAAAAGGGUGAAAAUCAUCAAAGGUGUUGCUUUUGCUUUAUCUUACAUGCACCAAGAUUGCUCACCGCCAAUUGUUCAUCGAGACAUAUCAAGCAGUAAUGUUUUGGUUGAUUCUGAGUAUGAAGCUCGUGUUUCAGAUUUUGGCAUAGCGAAGCUUCUCAAACCAAACUCAUCCAAUUGCACUGCACUUGCAGGAACAUAUGGCUAUGUUGCACCUGAGCUUGCCUAUACAAUGAAGGUUACGGAAAUGUGUGAUGUCUACAGCUUUGGAGUAUUAGCAUUGGAGAUAAUCAAAGGAAAGCAUCUAGGGGAAUAUAUUACUGUGCUAGCAAAUUCAUCGACUAUAGAUCAUGUGCAGCUUAGUGAUUUGCUAGAUGAACGCCUUCCAUAUCCUAAAGAUGAAGCAAAGGAUGUUUUGGUUUUAAUCAUCAAGUUAGCAAGCUCUUGUUUGGUUGAAAUUCCAAAAUCAAGGCCAACAAUGCACUUCAUCUAUCAUAGGUUAUCAUCAAUGGAUGCACGUCCACCUACUCAUGUAAAGUGAGCUUGUAAUCCCUGAUAUAUAUGUAAGGUGUCUUUGUAUGAAAAUGAAUAACCUUUGACACCAAGUGGUUGUGAAGUAAGUUAUUUUGAUGAAAAGGUCCAUGACAGAAUUAUUACUGAGAAUAGUAUUGUUGUAUUGUCAGGGUGCUUAUCUGGUUUGUUGUUUAGAGUCUAUAAUAUAGACGGUUAUUGUUUAUUGAGCCAAAAAGUAAUGAAAACAAGUUUCA